AUGGGGUCAGAGCUGAUACCCUGUUUGAAGAAAAUGAUGUUAAAUUGGUGUAAAAUAAUUGACCUAGAACCUGCCAUGAAGGUGCUGGAGAGAUUAUCGACCUCUGAACGGGGUGAAGUGCUUUCAGUCUUCUUGGAACAAAAGGACUUCUCGGUUUACUUUAUCUCUGAAUUGGCAAGAUCAUUAGAGCUACCUGAAGAGUUGACCGCUGACUUUUCUCGUCAUCUGUUUCGAGCUAUCUUCUUUUCUGAUGUCACUGAUGACGACAUUGACUCUGUCUUGAAAACUUUGGCGAAAUUCCCUCCUUGUGAACUGCUCAUUCGCCAUAUAUUGACUGCAUACGUAGAAGAAGUGACAGAUGAAGAGAUGCCUCAACGGCUGCGACGAAUAGGAAUGGUUUGCUCACAGUUAAUGUACAUUGACCGAAAAUAUUCACCUAUACUGCCUUCACAAAACGAUCUGUUGUCGCUAUUGGAGGUGCAAAAUGAUGUUGUUGCAAAGUAUGGAUUCUUUACCGAAAUAGCGGACAAUACCCAUCAACAACUGCCUUCAACCGAGGACCAGUUACUCCACUUUAUGAAGAAUGCGGCCCGGAAAGCAGUUAUCUAUCUUAGUAUAGAUAGUGAAGAUAAAGCUCAUAACAUCUCACUGGCAUAUGCUGCCGUUGUUGUACCUGUGAUCAACUUGCUAUACGAAACGCGUUGGGAGUGUACUCCUCGUUCUGAUGUUUUCGCAGAUUGCAUAAAGUUAUGGGAAGACGUGUACCAGAGAACAGCUCUUGCAACCCAUCGUGCCAUCUCUGCUAUCACCAGUUUACCCGUAGCUCCAGCCUCAGCUCAGUUGGCUCUGCGAGUGCUAAGCGAAAGCGGUGCAUCUUGGCAGAGUAAGAGUGAAGAUAAGGAUAUUGUGUGGUAUUGGGCGUCAUCGAGCGAUUGUUCUGGGAUGAAAUUGGAGGCAGUGGAUAGGUGGACAAGCAGAUUCCAUGCGGAGACUCCACUGGAGUUUUUGGCGCAUAUUCAUGAAUAUAUACAGAAGAAUUCACCAGAAUGGCAAGAUACUAUGUUCAAUGGGAGUGCCCUAGACGUUCCUUCUUGGCGAUUGAGCGUUCUUUGCUUACAUGCAGCCAUCAGUGUCUUUGGCGAUAUAAGUUUGAUUUCGUCGCUAUCACCUGAUUUACUUGAUUUCAUCAUGUGUGGAGUGGUCACUGCUAUGGAUAGCUGUGACGAAGUCAUAGGGUCGAAAUUAGUAAGCAAUCAUAAGUUGGAAUCCUUAGCUGGUCUGGCACUGAAAAUGUUUAGGAGAUGCGCGGAAACAGCCCGAGAUCGCUUUUGUAACUCGCUCGAUACGGAAUGGCCGAAUUUCUUCCUACCAACGAUGUCGAGGAUAAUUGUUAGAUGGUUUACACUUGUUGAUAGU